GUACUAUGACUGAAGCAGAGUUGUACACGGUGUAUAAGGGGCUUUAUGUCCCUUCAGCCGUGUACUCCACGUGUGGCUUCAAACACUACGAGGAGUUUUCAUUUCGAGCAGACGAUAUCAUCACUGUAACGUACCCCAAGUCUGGUACGACUUGGAUGCAGGAGAUCAUCCCUCUGAUCCAGAGUGGAGGAGACCCAGCCCCUGUUGAGACUGUAACUAACUGGAACCGAGUUCCCUGGAUAGAGGCGGACUAUGCAUCUGCUCUUAACCUCGAACAAAGGCCAUCUCCUCGCCUGCUGGCGACUCACUUCCACUUCAACAUGAUGCCACCAUCAUUUUUUGAAACAAAGCCAAAAGUUGUCUAUGUCAUGAGGAACCCCAGAGAUGUGGUUACAUCUUACUUUCACUUUCAUCGGAUGUUUUCCUACCUGGUGAACCCGGAUCCACAGAGCGAGUUCCUUCAAAAGUUUCUUGAGGGAAAAGUGAUCUUCGGCUCAUGGUUUGACCACGUAAAGAGCUGGCUGAGUGCUCAGGGUAAAGCGCGAAUAAUGUACAUCUGCUACGAGGAAAUGAUUAUGGACCUGAAGGAUUCUGUAUCAAGAAUCGCCCAGUUUGUGGACAAAUCUCUAGAUGCUGAAACAAUCGAGAAGAUAGCGAACCACUGUAACUUCAAGAACGUGAAACAGAACAAGAUGUCCAACUACUCUCUUGUUCCAACUGAAUUCAUGGACCAGACCAAGUCAGAGUUUCUCAGGAAAGGAAUUGCUGGCGAUUGGAAAAACCACUUCACUGUGGCAGAGGCUGAGUACUUUGAUGUGGUUUACAAAGAAAAAAUGAAAGAUGUCAAAUACAAAUUUAUAUGGGAUUAAACCACAUCAUGGCUUAUCACAAACAGGAAAAAUGAACGCGUCUACGGCCUCAAGAAAAGGGACAAAAUUAUG